GUAAAAUUUGAGCAGCUAAUUAUUUGUAUGUAUGAUUUGGUUGGUGUUGUUAAGCCUACAAACAUCAAAUCAUAAAUAAAAAAUUAUUUCUCUCCCCUUUUUUUCUGACGAUUUCAUUAAAAGUUUUAAAAAAAAGGUCAGGAAUUUUUGCUUCUCAAUGAAAUCUUUAUUGCUUUGCGAACGAUUUAAUUUUUAUGACUUGUAUUUUCGAUGGUAUUUUCUGUAACUAAUGUAAAUGAAGUGAAAGAAGUGUUUUUUAAUUUGUUUUAUCAGCAGCUGUGUAUAUAUUUUAUUUCGAAAUUUAUAUAUUAAUACGACACAAUUUGCUAUUGUAUACCUAAUGGGCUUAUAAAUUUCUAUUUUUGUCUGAUCGAUUUAUUUUUUAUUUUUGUUACCUUAAAAAUUUUCCUCUUGAAGUGUCAAAAUGAGUAGGCUCCUCACAUUUUGUCAUCCUUCGUGAAUUUCCUCGAAUGACGGCAAACUUUGAAGCAAUUUUGGUAUUCAUGAUGUCUAUGUGAAGAUAAAAUAACUUAUCAUAAAUAAUGUCUUUCAUGCUGAAAAAAAAGAAGUAUAAGUUUAAAGUAGAUCUAUUUCUUCAAGAACUUUCCGCUGUUCCAUUUGUUAAUGGAAUUUUAUUUGCCAAAGUACGAUUGGUGGAUGGGGGAACUUUUACAGAAUCUUCACAGAAACAAGAAGUGAAGAAUAACUGUGUGACAUGGGGUACAAAGUUCCAGUUUGGUUGUAAGAUGACAGCUAAUGCAUCAACUGGUGUUUUGGAACCUUGUAUAUGUAGGAUAUCUGUUAGGAAAGUAAGAUAUUAUGAAUAUAUUAAUAACUCGUUACUUUAUUACUGUUCUAGCCGCCAGAAUUUGGCAUUUUCAGCUUUGGGAAAAGCCAAAAAUCGCAGGGAGCCAUGUCAGGAGAGUAGGGAGGUUGACGAACCACUGGUGUGCUGUGUUUUGUCAAGAAGUUCUGAAUUAAAUGGGAAGAAUGUGCGGGAGCGUUAUCAUGAUGGAGCUUCCAACUGCCUGUUGCCCACAGAUCCGGGCGCUUGCGCCUCACUGCGUCACGAAGGCGACGCAGAACCUCUUGGUAGUACUCCUUGCUAUCAAGCUUUAUUCUCAUAUUUUGUUUUCAGACCACCGAUCAGAUCGCAUAUACCCCUCGGUGACAAGCCACAAAUCCAGCUCCCUGCUGAUAAAAAAGGUGAAGAUUACAGUGGGGAUAGCUUAGCGAGUGGUAGCAGUGGUUUUGGUAGUCUACCAAGAAAACAAAGGCCAAAUUUACUCUGCUCAGAAUUAGUGAAAGGGACAACUGAGGAAUCAACAAAAGAAGAUGAUACUCUGCCAGAUUUUGAAAGGGGUCAUUCAAGGAAUUCAAGCUAUGCGAGCCAACAUUCCAAAGCGUCUGGUUAUGGCAGUCUAGCAUCCCAUUCUCGUCAAAGUAGUGCCGAAUCUGGUCAUCACAGAAAUCCCAGUUCCAGCUCUACUUUUAGUGAUAUGGGACUUGUUCCUAAAGCUCCAGAUCGAAAAAGACCUUCAAAGAAACAGCCAGUAGACGAGGGCCGGAUGGAUUCUACGAGAGUAAGCGCUAAAGAAGUUAUAAAUGAAGUUUUGGAAGCAACAAAUUUAGAACCCGAUGAGUCAGCUGAAACGACUGGUCUUGUAUUAAUCAUCAAAGAUGAUGGCACACCAGCCUUAAGCUCACACGACUUGACUGAACGCAGUGCUGGUCACUUCGAUCCAGUCAUCAUCGGUCACAGGUAGCGUUUAAUGAGUUGCGGAGCAGUAGAUGCCAAGAUCCACCUCUUAACGAGUUAAAAGAUGUUGUCUAAUAAGCUGAAGAAAAAUGGCACAAAAUUUGAUAAAAUGCCUUCUUUUUAAACAAACAUUCAUACGAAAAAAAAUCUUUUUAAUUGUGUUGUGACUUAGAAAAUGAUUGUUUAUUACAAAGAUUUAAAAAAAGAGAGAAAAAAUAUUUAAUGUCAUGAGAAAUUUGCAUUUUUUUAGCUCUCACUGCGAAAGUUUCUGUGUUUGUUGGCCAAAAACUGAACAAAUGUUUUUUAAUGUAAAAGUUUUUUUUAAAUGAGCCAUAGUGAAGUUUGCUCAUGUGAGCUUAAGUAAAAUCUUACUUGUAUGAACUAUGAUAACUUUCUAUUACUGUUUUUCGUUAUCACAAACUGUUUGUUCAUCAGUUGGGCACUAAACUGGAGAGCAAUUGUUUUUCUCUCUGCUUAAAUAAAAAGAGGCAUUCAAGUAUUAGGUAAGAGAAUACUGGACUAUUUGGAACUCUGCCCUGGUCAGCAAAAAUAAGUAAAUUACAAACCCUCUCCAAUGCUUAAUCUUUUUUUUUUACUGUGGUAUUUUAAUUUUAGGAUUUAACUAAAUAAAUAAUAUGACUUUGCAUAAAACAAAAUUAAUUUUACAAAACUUUGAGUUGCAUAUUUUUUUUUUAAUCUCGUGUUUUUUUUUGUUUUGUAUUUUUCUGUGAUUAAAAAUUUUUAUCUCUGAAACUCUUAGGCGAAAAAAGCAUUAUUCCCAAAUUGAUUUUUUUUCUUACAUUACAUUUCUCUUAUCCCUCCUCUUCUCUUGUCAAAAAAAAAUAAAUAACUCACAAAUAUCCUCCCCCAUUAAAUAUUUACAUAACAUUUGACCUAAAUGCACAUUUUAACUAUGCAUAGUAAUUCAACAAUGUCUAUAGUAGUUGUAAAGUCUUUUUCUUAAUACUAUGUUUUGCUGGAAUAAUUAAUCAAUGUCUGAAAAUUAAAUGUUAGAUUGUAAACUUAUUACCUAUUACUUGCCGCUUUCCCUUAUUUUGGGUAAAACUGACAUUUAAUUAGAUUGACUCUUAUUUUACACCAUUAUAUAUUUAUGUUUUGAAUUUCCAAAAUUAUCUUUAAAAUAUAAUCUACUUAGAUUAAAAUAUUUUGAACUGUGUAAAUUAUUGGCAAAAAUUUUUUAAUGACAUUUUCUUUCUAGAAUUUAAAUUUUUAGGAAUGCACUACUAUUAAAUAAUCUGUUCCUUAACAUAUGCAGAGAGAAGAUGAUACCUAAACAUUAGGGAUUUUUAAGCAUAAAUUUGAAGGAACAAAAAUGUGUGUUUAUUUUAUUAAAACUCUUGGUUUUGUGUCCUAACUUUUGCUCUAAAUAGUUGUGCAGAUAUUGUAACUCAUUAAAUAUAGCUUUCAAAUUUAGCAUUUUCUGAUUUAUUUUAUGUGUAUGUUUUAAUUUUCAAAAGCUUUAUUAAUUUUUUUUAAAAUUAUUUUUAAAUUGUCCUGAAAUUAAAGAGCUUACAUAUUUAUGCUCAUUUUAAGCCAUAACUGCUUAUAAUUCUGUAAUCAUAAGUGUUUGAAAUUUUUUACUACUUUAGCUAUAGAAAAUAUUUUUUGUUGUGAAAUGGAAACUUUAAUUGUAUGUAAUCUUGUAAGUUGUUAUUGAAUUUAUGUCUUGUCUGUGAAAUUUAGCUUUGGAAAAUAAGUACAUUUUAGAAUUUUUUGAUAUCUUGUUGUAUAAUCCAAUGAAUGAAAUUAACCUUAUAUAAACUGAUUUUUACGAAGUCAUGUAGUGAAAUGUUUCUUUUUAUUAUUAAUUCUAAGUUAGAUUUACUUUAUUUUCCUUACUUGGCAAGUUUUUUAAUUAAAAAUUUUUUUUUAUCUUAAUUUAAAAAUUUCUUAAAAUUUGUAUUGAUAUAUUUAUAUUGUUCAUAUUUAAAAUUGAGGUAUCCGAACUCGAAUUUUGACAAUUUCUUUUUUGUUUUGCUGAAAAUUCUGUCUGUGUUACAUAUUGUUUUGUUACAUCUUUUCCACGUGCUAUUUCACUAAAUUUAUCACCAAUGUAAACUCAUAAUUGGUAUUUGCCAUAGUUAAAAAUUGAUUUAAUAGCAUUAUAACCUAAAAAGGAAAUUUUUUUUUUCACUUUGUAGCUUAUCAAAUUAUCUUUUGAAUUUUCUUAUCAAAUUAUCUUUCCUUAGUUUGAAAGAUUUAAAGACUAAAUAUUUAAUAAAAUAUUGAAGAAAAAUAAGUAUAAUUUGUUUUUGGUUUAAUCUGUCAAAAAUAGAGAUGGGUUUAACUGUCAGUGCAAGGAUGGUUUUUUGAGAACUUAAAAUUUCAAAUCGUAUUUCUGUUACCAUGUUUAAUCUUCUGAAAAGAUGUAAAUCUGUAGAAUCAUUACUAAAAAUUUUUAAUUAUGGUUUGAAUUUAAUUAACAUUAAAUGUUUGUUUUUUUUUAAAU